AUGGACGUGCAGGUACGUCCCAUGUUGAACUACACGGAGAACAAGCUCAUGAAGUGUCAUUAUUGGGGUCCAAGUGCAGAAGUGACGUCGGUGCCUUGCUAUCUUAUGAAUGGGUACAACUUCCAGACGAAAUGUCACAACGUCGGUAAGUCAACAAUGAAUAGUGGAAUGUGUGUCAAAAGUUCAUAUACAAACGAGCAGCAAACGACAGCGAGUGCGAACAGUGGCCAGCGAAGGCGACGCAACGAGCUUCAGCAAGCGGCAGCGAUUGCAAACAGCAACGAGCAUGAGAGGCGACGAUCGACCGUCUUGACUGAGCGAUUGGCAGAGAUUGAGAGAAAAAAACGAAUGGUGUGGCAGAGAGUGAGGGAGAAGAUCGAAGGGCAGAGAAUGAGUGAGAAUAACGUUAAUCUUCAGAAAUGCUAUGUUCAAGGCCAAAACAAGAUUUUCACAGUGACGGAUUACGGUGCCGUCACCGAUGGAAAAACCGAUAGUAGCAAGGCGUUCUUGAAUGCAUGGAAGGGUGCAUGCGCAACUGAUGGAGGUGUAGUGGCAGUGCCAUCGGGAACUUUCUUUGUUAGUGGUGCAACAUUUGAAGGGCCAUGCAAUGGGGAGACGUUUUUCCAAACCAAAGGAACCAUAAGAGCUUCUUCUGAUCCUUCACUUGAUGAAGACUAUUGGAUCUUGUUUGAUGAGGUUGAUCGUUUGACGAUCUCUGGAAAUGGCACGUUCUAUGGCAAUGGAGAGUCAGCGUGGCCGCGCAAUGAAUGUGAUAAAUCUUUGGCUUGCAAGAAACCCCCAACGUCGAUAAAGUUUCAUAAUGUAAGAAAUUCUGUGGUUAGAGGCAUAAAUUCAAUAAACAGCAAGAUGUUCCAUCUCAACCUACACAAGUGUGAGAACGUGCUAUUGAAGAAUUUGGACAUAAUAGCCCCAGUGGACAGCCCUAACACUGACGGAAUCCACAUUGGAAAGUCCAGCGGCAUUGUGAUCACAGCAUCUCGUAUUUCCACAGGAGACGACUGCAUAUCCAUGGGGGAUGGGAGUACAAACAUCAACAUCACAUCAGUCUGGUGCGGGCCAGGCCACGGGAUCAGCAUCGGAAGCUUAGGAAAGUACAAAAACGAGGAAGAUGUUGUGGGAAUAACCGUCAAGAAUUGUACUUUCAGUGACACUGACAACGGCUUGAGGGUUAAGACAUGGGCACCUUCUUCAAUGCCGGUCAGUGUUUCCAACGUCACAUUCGCAGAUAUUAAGGUCAACAACGUCGAAAACCCUAUCAUCAUCGACCAGUACUAUUGCCCCCACUCUUCUUGCAGCCGCAAGGGAGAGUCAGACGUUGGGAUCAAAGAUGUGAAGUUCAUAAACGUGAGGGGGACAUCAGCAACCGAAGUUGCAGUGAAUCUUCAGUGCAGCAAGAGCAGGCCAUGCCAGAACAUAGAGUUCGUGGGGCUUGAUCUGAUUAUGAAGAGAACAGGAGAACCAACGACGGCGUCUUGUUCGAAUGCCGACAAUGAGUUUGUUGGGCCUGGUCAAGUUCCUGCACGCUGUUCUUAAUUCCUAAGUUAUUUCAAUUGGAGGGAAUAAUUAGAAUUAAU